AUGUCUUCUACUGCAAGGGUAUUAAGGCUUCAAGGGUUUUUUGUCAAGAGCCAUCGAAACUUGUUAGGGUUGGAUGUUAGUAAGGUGGCGUGUUCGGAGUAUUUGCGGGUUGUGGCGAGUCAUAUAUGGGGUCUUGCGCGUAGUGCGGAAGGUAAGCGAGGUCGUCGAGUGAGGGUUUUGUUGGUGGUUAUUUUGGCUGGUGUGUUGUCGGGCUCGGUGACUAUGGUGUAUCAGUUUAUCUCGCAUAUGCGUCGGGAACAACGGCCCAGGUUGCAGCGAUCUAGGUCUCAGGUGUUGUUGAAGAGCGGUGCUCGUGAGAUGCAUGUGCCGUAUCAUAACAGUUCGAAGACCAAGCGGAUUCUUAUCACGCCUACUAAUAAGGAUCGGUAUGAACAUGAUAAGUUUUUGUUCAAAUAUUUUGGGCGAGAUAUCAAGUCCAAGUUGUUUUAUUCUAGGUUUUUGGCGCAGUUGAAUAUCUUGGCGAAGAUAUUAAUACCCAAGCUUACUGGGAAGAAUGCGAUGUUGGUUACUUUGCAGGUUUUCUUCCUUGUUAUGAGGACAUGGUUGUCGUUAUUUAUUGCCAGGUUGGAUGGACAGAUUGUGAAGGAUAUCAUUGCUGGUCGUAGGUCCAAAUUUCUGAUUGAUAUUGGUUGCUGGUUUUUGAUAGCAUUUCCUGCUUCGUAUACGAACAGUGCUAUUAAAUUUAUACAGAGGCGCUUGAGUCUGAGUUUCCGUACUAAUUUAACUCGGUACAUUCAUGAUAUGUAUUUGGAUCACAGAUUGGUUUUCUACAAGCUGAUGUAUGAUCAUGAUGCCCAUAAGAAUGUGAUUGCUAAUGUUGACAAUUCAAUUGCUAAUGAUAUUAACAAGUUUUGUGAUGCGGUUACGAAUUUGUUUGCUAAUAUGGCCAAGCCUGUUAUUGACCUUGUUUUCUUUUCGUUUUACUUGCGUGAUAAUUUGGGUACUUUGGGUGUUGCAGGUAUCUUUAUGAAUUAUUUCUUAACUGGAUACAUUUUGAAACAGUACACCCCUCCAUUGGGUAAAUUGGUAAGCAAGAGAUCAAGUGCAGAGGGUAAUUAUUAUAAUUAUCACUUGAAUAUGAUCAAUAACAACGAGGAAAUUGCCUUUUAUCAAGGUACCGCUGUGGAAAAGGUUAAGGUUGACAAUAUAUACGAGAAGCUUAUGGCUCAAAUGUUGCAGGUUGACAGGGCAAAGGUCUUUUAUAACGUCAUUGAAGACUAUAUCUUGAAGUAUACAUGGUCUGCUCUAGGUUAUGCCUUUGCAUCUAUUCCUAUUGUGUUGACUGCUUUGGCAACGGGUAAAAAUAACGAGGAAUACAACAUGAGGGAAUUUAUUGUUAACAAGAGAUUGAUGUUAUCCUUAGCAGAUGCUGGUAGUAGAUUGAUGUACUCUAUUAAGGAUAUCUCUCAAUUAACAGGUUAUACAGAUCGUGUGUUUACGCUAUUGACGGUUUUGCACCGUGUACAUUCUGCGGACUUUAAGUACGGUAUUGUGGAUGAAGUUCCAAGCGAUGUUGCUCGAAUGGAUGAGGUAUCUGCUGCAGAAGAAAAAACAAUAUCAGAAAUCCGUGGUACUACUCAACGUAACUUUAAUGGUAUUCGUUUAGAAAAUAUUGAUGUUGUUAUACCAUCACCUAAUGGUCUCAAGGGGGCAAAAUUGAUCAGUAAGUUGAAAUUCCAAAUUCCUCCAGUUCUAGCUGGGGAACUUAAAAAGGCUAAUUCCGCACCUGCUUCAUCAAACCUCACCCAAGCCAAUGUGUUGCUUGGCCCGGGGAGUAGUUUGUUGAUCUUGGGACCUAACAGCUGUGGUAAAUCAUCUAUUCAAAGAAUUAUUGCAGAAAUUUGGCCAAUUUACAAUAAGACAGGUCUCUUGUCGAUCCCUUCUGAAUCAGACAUGAUGUGCAUUGCUCAACGCCCUUACUUUAUCCAAGGCGGUACUUUUAGAGAUCAGAUCAUCUACCCGAUGUUUGUGGAUACUUUCUAUGAGAAAGGACACAAGGAUCGUGAAUUGGUUCGCGUCCUCAAAGAAGUGAAAUUGGAUUACUUGUUGAAGAGAGCUGAUGCGUUAAACUACUUGGACCAUGUAGCUGACUGGAAGGAUGUUCUAAGUGGUGGAGAAAAGCAAAGGAUGAAUUUUGCCCGUAUUAUGUUUCAUAGACCUAAAUUUAUCGUUCUAGAUGAAGCUACCAAUGCCAUCAGUGCUGAUAUGGAAGACUACUUGUUUAAUAUGUUAAAAAAGUUCCGCUUCAAUUUCAUAUCUAUAUCCCAAAGGCCUUCAUUGAUCAAGUAUCAUGACUACUUGUUAGAGAUAACUACAAAUUCUAACUGGCAAUACCAGACGUUGGGUUCAGACGAAGCAAUUACCUCUAUAGAUACUGAGAUUGAGUCUUUGGAAUCUAAACUGUCACAAAUCCAUAAUUGGGAAAAAGAGCGCGAAGAACUCAAACGUAAAUUGUCAAAUGUUUAA